AUGAACGGCUCGUUUUGGCAACACUUUCGGCGCAAUUAUUCGAGCGAACAGUCAUUUGGUGUCAACUUUUGGUUGAGUUUUGCAAACAAUUGUCUCAAUUGUGUCCACAAUUUGCCACAAAAUAUGUCGAAGAAAAAGGGAUUGAGUUUCGAGGAGAAGAGGACACGAAUGCUGGAACUGUUCCACGAAAAGAAGGAACCGUUUCUACUGAAAGAGUUGGAGAAAUUGGGCCCAAAGCUGAAGGGAGUUGUGAUGCAAUCCGUCAAAGAGAUUGUGCAGUCAUUAGUGGCCGACGAUUUGGUAGAGACCGACAAAAUCGGUUCCUCCACUUACUUCUGGUCCUUUCCAUCCAAAGCACUCAAUUCGAAAUUGCAACGAAUAGAGGAUCUGAAGGCGAAGAUCGCGGACACAAAGCAGAAGACACUGAUAAUCGAUGCGGAGCUCAAGAAAGUGGAGGCGCAAAGUGUCUACAAAAUGCGAGACUCGGCUCUCUAUAAGGAGGACUGGUUGGGCCUCAAAGAGUUGGACACAAGCGGACGCCUUCGUGAGUACGAAGUGAUCGGAGAUCACCUCCAGAUUGACAUGAAUUGGUUUGACAACGAGAUUAUCGAUAAGUAUCUAAAAUAA